CUUUCUAUAUAAGAAAGCAAAAGAUUUAUCCAAGAAACUACUCGAAUCAUUCAGAGCGCGCGUCAUGGCGUCUUCACAGCGUUCAUGGUCGUUGUCAUCGCUGCCGCUCGAUAUGAUAGAAGAAAUAUUCCACAGAACUCCGGCUGAAUCUCUACUCCGAUCUAAACCGACGUGCAAGAAAUGGUACGAUCUCAUCAAGAACAAGAGGUUCAUCUACGAACACUUGCGUCGCUCCCCGGGAAGAUCCCUUAGAACCGAUGAGCGACGGUUCCUAAGAAUCGACCAGACGGUACAAAUCAUGGAACCGGUGACAAGAACACGCUCAGAGAAACCGAUCCCACACGAGCUCCAACCACUAGAAAACAUCAAAGCCAUGGUUCACUGCGACGGACUCAUGUUGUGUAUGUGCAGCGACAUGGAAUCAGGAAUCGUCCACCUUGCUCUUUGGAACCCCCUCACGAGGCAUAUCACACUGAUCCAGCCCUCGACACGUUUCACGACUUCUGACUACUACGGGAUUGGACACGGCGUCAACAAGUAUCGAGAUGGUUACAAGAUCCUUAGGUUUUCUGAUCGCCGUUACGAUAAUUAUCAUCAUCAUCAUCAUUCUGAAGUGGAUUUUGAGAUUUAUUACUGCGAGACGAGUUCUUGGAGAACCCUCGUUGAUGCCAAGGUUGAUUGGAAUGUGGAUUUCACGUGCCAUGGUGUGUCUGUUAUGGGGAACAUGUACUGGCUUGCUCAUAGGGAUGUUGAGGAGGAGGAGGAGCUCGAAAGCUGUAUUAUAGGCUUCGAUUUCACCGCUGAGAAAUUCAUGGACGUAUGCCUUUGCCCUUCCAUUUUUGAUUACAAUUACUUGAGCUGUUUCGGUGGAGAUAGAUUGUCUUUGCUACAACAAAAUCACGACGAGCCAAGUCUUAUAGAGGUGUGGGUUUCAAGCAAGUUGGCUGAUGAUGGGGGUGAUGUCUCGUUUACAAAAUAUUUCAGUGUGGUCAGCUCUGAUCUUCCAUGGUUACAUCUCGAUAGAUCAGAAGAUGCUAGUCAUCCGGUGUACUACAUUGCCAAGAACAAACGUAUCAUAGCAUGGUGCGAGGGAAUGAUGGAUGAUGGUGAUAGACUCCCUGUUUGGAUCAUUCUCUAUGAAAUUGAUGAGGAUGGUGUAAGAAAUCAACUUGAGACAGAACGACAUUACGAGUAUGACUAUGUUGGCACCUUCCUUUGUGGUUACGUGUAUGUUCCAAGUCUAGUCCCUCUUCCAUGAUAAGAGAAAGAGGGUUUAGUUUCAUGUUCUAAUUAAGCUUUAGUUUGGGACUUUUAGUCUUUUGUUUGUUGAUCUUCUGCAAUGUAAAGAUGUUUACUGAAUUAACAUUGGUCUUUGUAUGAUAAUCUUGAGAGGGUUUAGGUUAUGGCUCACAGUUGUGUCAUGUGUGUAUCAGUCAUCUUUGUUGUUCAAUAAAACUAAGAUACAUGCCGUAAAGAAAUGCCAUUGUUGUUCAUUUAUGUAGUUAACUGAUUGAUAAAUUCUAUUUAUAAAUGCAAGGAGUAAAGAUAUAUCUACAGAUUGCACGAGACAGAGCACUGCAGUUGUAAUGUAACAUACAUUGCAAAUGUAAACCAAACCAGGCGGUGGAGUUAGUGUUUCGUAAGGCAGAUGAAAAACUUGUCAACUUUUUUGCUCUGCUACUGAAGACUUUUAGAAAAUUGAAGACUAGAUUAAACCAGAUGAAAACCAAAUUAAAUUAGUGAAAUCAAAGUUAUGAUACCGUUUUUUUCCCCUAAUUUACGGGCUUAAAUUGUCUUUCAGUGGUGGUAUAGACUUGGGUCUUCUAAUUGUAUCCAGCUAGAUUUUUUUUCGAUUUGGUUAAGAAUACUAUUUUUACAUUUUAAUAGGCUAAUAAAGAGGUUUGGCCCAUUUGCGUGCAUCCUAAGUAUAUAUUGAUUAUAGUUGGCUGAAUUAACAAACCGACCUUAGCUCAGUUGGUAGAGCGGAAGACUGUAGUGGGUUAUCCCAAAGAAAUCUUUAGGUCGCUGGUUUGAUUCCGGCAGGUCGGAUAUUCUUUUUGCUAUCUCCUUGUUAUAUCUAUGGGACCCACAUCUACAUUGCUAACUCGCGUGCUUAACCGUUGAUUAUCCCAUACGCU